CUACGCUUCGAUCUCGACACAUCGUCGAAACGUGAGUUUCGCGUCAGCCAACUCAGACCGGAUUCUUUUAGUAUUACAGAAACAAAGUUAUUUUUAUCAUUAUAUCUCUCUGUAUGACGAUUUAGUUGAGUGUUUUUUUGUUGUUGUUCUUCUAUCGGUCAGUGGGUUUAUGGGUGUAACGGUUAUUACUGAGUAACGUUGAUCAUGUCUUGACUCAACACAACAACAGCAACAUGAGGACGAUCACUUUACUCUUCAUCAUCUCUUUUUUCAUCAAUGGUGUGUUUGGUGAUGAAGUGAAGUUAGUGUCAGUGAUGGAGGGAGAUUCUCUUACUCUACACACUGAUAUUACUGACAUAACGGCAUCAGAUGCUCUGAUAGCAACAUGGACAUUUGGGCCUCAAAAAGAUAAAACAAUAGCUCAGUUUAAUAGAGAAGCCAAAAUCUCAUCCACAUAUAAAGACGUUCAGAUUUUCAAAAACCGAUUGAAGCUGAACAGCCAGAAUGGAGAUCUCACCAUCACAAACAUCAGAACUGAACACACUGGACUUUAUAAUGUACGGAUAAAUUUCAGACAAAAGAUUACACAGAAGAGUUUCAGUGUUAACGGUGUGGUUGGUGCAGGUGGGGUGAAGUCAGUGUCAGUGAUAGUGGGAGAUUCUGUUACUUUACUCACUGAUGAUCCUGAUAUCAAGAAAUAUGAUGUGAUACUGUGGAGUUUUGAACAUGAAACUCUAGUUGAACUCAACAGAAACACCCCGAAACCUACAUAUGAUAAAGUUCAUGAUGGGAGAUUCAAAGGCAGACUGCAGCUGGAUGUUAAGACUGGAUCUCUUGACAUCAGAAACAUCAGAACUGAUCACUCUGGACUUUAUGAAGUAGAUCUCAACAGCAACAGCAGCAGUUAUACCAUACAUCAGUCAUUCACUGUUAAUGUCCAUGAUAAAGUGAAGUCCAUGUCAGUGAAGAAGGGAGGUUCUGAUACUCUACAGACUCAUCUUACUGAAAUACAGAGCGAUGAUGAGAUAGUGUGGAGGUUUGUACCUGAUGACUCUCUGAUAGCUCAAAUAUAUAAACUAAACAAACUGUCUACAACUUAUGAUGGUGAUGAUGGGAGAUUCAGAGGCAAACUGAAGCUGAAUAAUCAGACUGGAGAUCUCAUCAUCACUGACAUCAGGCCUGAUUACUCAGGACUUUAUGAACUGAAGAUGAGCCUCAGAAGACAAACCAUUCAGAGGAGAUUCAAUGUUGAUGUCGAGCGAGGUCUGUCUCCAGGUGUUGUAGCAGUAAUAUGUGUUCUCAUCCUCCUGCUUCUUGCUGCUGCUGCUGCUGCUGGUGUGAUUUACCAUCGCCUCAGGAUUGCUACAUUAUUGGUUACACCACUGGAAGUAAAUGAGGGGAAAUCUGUUCAUCUGAAGACUGAAGUUACUGACAUACAGAGAGUUGAUCUGAUAGAGUGGAGAUUUAGAGAAACUCUCAUAGCUAAACUCAAUCCUGCAAACAAUAUCUUCAGUACAUCUAAUGAUGAUCUAUUCAGAGAUAAACUGAAGCUGAAUCAUCAGACUGGAGAUCUCAACAUUAAAGACAUCAGAUGGGCACACACUGGAGUUUAUAAACUGAAGAUCAUCAGAGGAGGAAAAACAUCAUACAAGAGAUUCUUUGUGUCUAUCAGAGAUACACACCUGUAUGUGUAUGAGGGAGAAUCUGUCAAUCUGCAGACUAAAGUUCCUGACAUAAAGAGAGAUGAUGUGAUAGAGUGGAGAUCUGGAGAAACUCUCAUAGCUGAAAUCAAUCCUGCCAGCAAAAUCUUCAGUACAUAUGAUGAUGCUAAAGGUCUAUUCAGAGAUAAACUGAAGCUGAAUGAUCAGAAUGGAGAUCUCAACAUCACUAACAUCAGACAGAAACACACUGGAGUUUAUACACUGAAGAUCAUCAGAGGAGGAGAAACAUCAUACAAGAGAUUCAGAGUGUUUGUCAGAGGUGAAAUACUGAAAGUGGAUGAGGGGAAAUCUGUUGAUCUGAAGACUGAAGUUACUGACAUAAAGAGAGUUGAGAAGAUAGAGUGGAGAUUUGAAGAAACUCUCAUAGCUGAAAUCAAUCCUGCCAACAAUAUCUUCAGGACAUAUGAUGGUGAUUAUAAUCUAUUCAGAGAUAAACUGAAGCUGAAUCGUCAGACUGGAGAUCUCAACAUCAAUGACAUCAGACAGAAACACACUGGAGUUUAUAUACUGAAGAUCAUCAGAGGAGGAAAAACCUCAUACAAGAGAUUCACUGUGUUUGUCAGAGAUCAAACAGAAAAACUGCAGCUGAAUGAGGGAUCAUCUGUCGAUCUUAAGACUAAAAUUAAAAACAUAAAGAAAGAUGAUUUGAUGGAGUGGAGAUUUGGAUGUAAAGAAACUCUCAUAGCUCAAAUCAAUCCUGCCAACAAUAUCUUCAGUACAUAUGAUGGUGAUGAUGAUCUAUUCAGAGAUAAACUGAAGCUGAAUCAUCAGACUGGAGAUCUCAACAUCAAUGACAUCAGAGAGAAACACACUGGAGUUUAUACACUGAAGAUCAUCAGAGAUGGAAAAACCUCAUACAAGAGAUUCAAUGUGCUUGUCAGAGGACAACUGUAUGUGUAUGAGGGUGAAUCUGCUGAUCUGAAGACUGAAGUUACUGACAUAAAGAGAGAUGAUGUGAUAGAGUGGAGAUUUGAAAAAACUCUCAUAGCUAAAAUCAAUCCUGUCAACAAUAUCUUCAGGACAUAUGAUGAUGAUGAUCUAUUCAGAGAUAAACUGAAGCUGAAUCCUCAGACUGGAGAUCUCAACAUCAAUGACAUCAGAGAGAAACAUGAUGGAGUUUAUAUACUGAAGAUCAUCAGAGAUGGAGAAACAUCAGACAGGAGAUUCAAAGUGUUUGUCAGAGGUCAAACAAAAAUACUGGAUGUGCACGAGGGGACAUCUGCUGAUCUGAAGACUUAUCUUACUGACAUACAGAGAGUUGAGAAGAUAGAGUGGAGAUUUGGAGAAACUCUCAUAGCUGAAAUCAAUCCUGCCAAUAAUAUCUUCAGUACAUAUGAUGGUGAUUAUGGUCUAUUGAAAGGUAAACUGAAGCUGAAUCAUCAGACUGGAGAUCUCACCAUCAAUGACUUCAGAUGGCAACACACUGGAGAUUAUACACUGAAGAUCAUCAGAAACGGAGAAACCAAGGACAGGAGAUUUAUUGUGUUUGUCAUCAAUCAUUUCGAAGAAUGGAAAGUGGAUGAAGGAGAUUCUGUUGAUCUGGAGACUGAUCUUACUGACAUACAGAGAGUUGAUCUGAUCGAGUGGACAUUUAGAGGAACUCUCAUAGCUAAAAUCAAUCCUGCCAACAAUAUCUUCAGUACAUAUGAUGAUUAUGAUCUAUUCAAAGAUAAAUUGAGGCUGAAUCAUCAGACUGGAGAUCUCAACAUCAAUGACAUGAGAGAGGAACACUGUGGAGUUUAUAUACUGAAGAUCAUCAGAGGUGAAACAUCCUCAUGCAAGAAAGUUAUUGUGUUUUUCAGAGGUGAAGUAAAAACACUGUAUGUGUAUGAGGGAGAAUCUGUUGAUCUGAAGACUGAAGUUACUGACAUACAGGGAGAUGAUCUGAUAGAGUGGAGAUUUGCAGAUGAAGAAACAAAGAAUGACUUUGAUGAUGAUAAAAGUCUCAUAGCUGAAAUCAAUCCUGAAAACUGCGGUUUCAAUCCAUGUGAUUAUGGUGAUGGCUGGUAUUCUUGGAUAUUCAGAAAUAAACUGAAGCUGAAUCCUCAGACUGGAGAUCUCAACAUCAAUGACAUCAGACGGGAACACUCUGGAGUUUAUACACUGAAGAUCAUCAGAGAUGAAAUAAGCUCAGACAAGAGAUUCAGAGUGAUUGUCAUAUGUGAAACAAAAAUACUGGAAGUGGAUGAGGGGAAAUCUGUUGAUCUGAAGGCUGAAGUUACUGACAUAAAGAGAGUUGAUCUGAUAGAGUGGAGAUUUGAAAAUGAAGAAAAAAAGAGGGGAUUUGAUGAUGAAGAAACUCUCAUAGCUGAUAUCAAUCCUGCCAGCGAGAUCGUCAGGACAUAUGAUUGUGAUGAUUAUGGUGAUGAUGAUGAUGAUUAUAAAGGUCGAUUCAAAAAUAAACUGAAGCCGAAUCAUCAGACUGGAGAUCUCAACAUCAGUGACAGCAGUGAGGAACAUUCUGGAGAGUAUAUACUGAAGAUCAUCAAAGGUGGAAAAACCUCAUACAAGAGAUUCAUUGUGUUUGUCAGAGAUGUUAAAGGUGAAAUACAAGCACUGGUAACAUGUAUGGGGAGAUCUGUCACUCUGAAGAAUAAUAUUCCUGACCCACAGAGAGAUGAUGUGAUGGUGUGGUUUUAUGGAGAAACGUUCAUUGCUAAAAGCGAUCCUGCUGGCGAUGUCUUCUGUAUAUCUCAUGGUUGUAAUGAUCUAUUCAGAGAUAAACUGGAGCAGAAUCAUCAGACUGGAGAUCUCACCAUCAAAAACAUCAGACAGGAGCACGCUGGAGUUUAUACACUUCAGAUCAAAAGAGGUGGAGACCAUAUACCCAUGUCUUUUGGUGUGUUAGUCAAUGAUAAUGUGGUGCCUGUCUCAGUGGAUGAGGGGAAGUCUUAUGAUCUAAUGUCUGAUCUUACUGACAUAAAGAGAGAUGAUGUGAUCGAGUGGAGAUUUGAAGGAACUCUCAUAGCUAAAAUAAAUUUUGCCAACAAUAUCUUCAUUACAUCUGAUGGUGAUGAUGAUAUAUUCAGAGAUAAACUGAAGCUGAAUCAUCUGACUGGAGAUAUUAACAUCAAAAACAUCAUAGAGAAACACACUGGGGAUUAUAUACUGAAGUUCAUCAGAGAUGGAGAAACCUCAUACAAGAGAUUCAUUGUGACUGUCACAGCUUCUAACAGAGAAGAUCCAGUGGAGGCGAGAGAAGAUCCAGUGGAGGCGAGAGGAGAUCCAGUGGAGGCGAGAGGAGAUCCAGUGGAGGCGAGAGGAGAUCCAGUGGAGAUAGAGAUUCAGCCGUUGUUGAAUAAUAGCACUUCCAAAGGAGAAGAUUCAGUGGAGACGAGAGAAGGUUCAGUGGCGAUAGAGAUGCAGCCGUUGUUGAAUAAUAGCAGUCAGCAGCAGUGAUCUUAAUUCAGUGUAACACCUUCAACAUUACAAACACAUCAGCAUCACAUCACUUAUAACAUCACCCUCAUAUCAUUGAGGUCAAAAAUAUGUGCUGAUGAACCAGAGGAAAAGAUUUAUUUUUGAUUUGCCUUUUACAUCCUUUGGUGUGUAUUAGUACAUGUUUACGAUAUGCAAAAGGUAUAAACCCCAAAGUAAACGAUGACGCGAGUUAUCGUCUUCAAUGUAAAUCUCUUCUCUUGGACUACAACAAACACACGGAUUGUAGGCAACAGUUUACCUCCUGGGCCGGUUGACGUGGACAUGACGGUCAAUUAUUAUCAUAAUUCUUCCUGCUUUGACUCACAGCCUGUUUUCAUAUUUAAAGAAUUGACUACUAACUAAAUCAUGAUUCAAACAUGAGUUUUGUGCAGUGCAGAGUAGCGCUUGUUUGUCAUUUCUACGAUCACAAAUGCAGACAUGGUUUUAAUGUUUUAGUAUCCUUACCUUGACAAUCUGUAACGUUCUACUCAAGCCACGCUGGCAAAGAUGAGCUUGGUCAUCUGCAUUUUCUGGAUCAGAUUCGACUUACAUUGAUAACAUAGUUAAGACAAUAUGGACUCCGGUCAGUAUUGCAUUGGGAGUUGAACUUUAACAGUGUUAUAAAAACAAAAGCCUAACUUCCUCAUGUAUAUCCAGGGGUGCACAUAACUGGUGCGCAUGCGUGUUUAAAAUAAAAAAUGCCUACCCGACGCUGCUCUUAAAGGUGCAUUUGCGUACCAACGUUGCUGGAAUUUUGUUACGCAGUUACCUAAUUUACUGCAACAAGGGAUUUCUCCAUUGGUAGGAUAAUUAUUAUGUGCUAAAAUGUCUUGUUAGCAGCGAUGCAACAGUUACUGGCCCGAUUGGCCAAUUUAUAUAUUUAAGCACAAAAAGAUACUUGACUCCCUAUACCUUGAUCCUGAUCCGCAUUUUAAGGCAGCACGCCAGUACAAGCAAAUAAGCAAGACAGCAUUCAAAUACCAACAGAGUUUAUAAUUUUAACACAAAAAAAGGCAGAAUGCCAUAAUUAUUGUAGUAAAAGUCUUUUAAAUAAAUAAAUAAACAUUAAAUGAAUAUAAGAAGUUGAGAAAUAUAAUGCGUGUGUAACAUUAUAUUGCAUCAGUGCACUUAAAGUGACGGAACGGUCUAAAACAGGCUUGUUACCUGACCGAGUGUUCUGUAAAAUGAAGACCCAGCCUUGGGUUAAAAACAACCCAGCAUUUUUAGAUUACAUAAACUUGAUGCUGUUUUUAAAAUUCAUUAAACCACAAAGAAAAUCAUAAUUUCCUUGUCUUGACUGAAUAACUUUUGUAACUUUAAAAAGAAUGAAUUUAAUUGACACAGCCUGAAAACAUGAACAGCACUGUUUAUUUCAUUUGUAUGUUUGUUUCAUUUGUAUUUAUUUGUGCUAUUGCCAGUAGUUACGUAUGAAGGUUCAUCUACCAUGUUUUAACCAAAGAGAUAUGGUGAAGAGAGUAGUCAGGAGAUUAGUGAUGGCAGCAUGUAGGAUGUCUGUGCCAUUAAUAGUGUGAGUACCAAUCAGAGAACCAGGACAAAAUAAUUUAUGUGCACCCCUGUGAAUAUCUACCAUAUAUGUACUACAGCAGUAUUUCACUGAUUUUUUUUCUUUUUGUUGAUAUUAGUUGACAUCCCAAGUCUCUGUCCACGUGUCCUAGUAUGCAUACUUCACUCAUAUACAGAAUGCAAAACUAUAAGUGGUUUAAAUGAGUAAAUGUGAAUCUGCAGAUUAAACGGUGUGUUAUUGUCACUCUGAUGAUCUGCUGAUCUUAACUUCUUUUCUAUCCCAUAAUGCCACAGGGGCAAAGGAGCAAUCACAUUCAUAAAGUAAAACAUAUAUAAAUAUAUGUGAAUUGAACUCAGGUGACUGUUUUGUAGUUGUGUUGUGUUCCUGUAGUUUAAUUGAUAGCUUGUGACGCUAGCAGCAGCUGUAGGUUUAUUUUUUUCAUUGGUUUAUCAAUGAAUAUAAGCAGAUAUACCAAAGAAUCAAUGCUUUAUUAUUUUCAAAGGUAAUAACACACAUUAUUCCUGUGAUUAAAUUGCAUUUACAGCAAGUUUGUAUUAUUUUAGCCUUGUUAAGCUUUGCCAAAUGUUUAUAUUCUAAACUCUGUGCCUUUUUUAUUAUUAUUAUUAUGUAUCCAUAAUUGCUAUAGCAAAUAUCUACUAAUAUACAUUUUGUUAAAUAUUAGCCUGAUAUUUUUAUAUCUCAGACUUUGUCAUUACAUUUAUACAAUCUGUUUUGUUUUUUUAUUAGUGUGAAACUGUAUGACACAUUGAUUUAUAGCACUUAAUUCAAAGUAUUUCAAUUUAAAUUCAGUUCAAUCUCUUUUAGUUUGUUCUUCUCUGAACAUUAUGGUGCAGUUUCCCAGACAGGGAUUAGAUUAGUCCUAGACUAAAAUAUAUGUAAGAGCUGUCCAGACUGAAAACAACUUGCAUUGACAUAUCUUAAAAUACAUCAUUGCCCUUAAUUUUGCCUCAAAAUGCACAAAAGUCAUGUUUUUAGUAAAGCAUGUUUGUUAAAACUAGUUAUAUUUGAUAAUUAAACUGAGGCCUAGUCCUGGUUUUAGAUAAUCCCUGUCCGGGAAACGGCCCACAAGUGUAGUGUUACAAUUUUAAUAUGAUAAUCUUUUGUUUUUAUUGUAAGUGUUUGUUUAAAUGUUUUUUCUUAAUGUUUUUUGUUAUUUUGUACUGUAAAGCACUUUGUAUCAGCUACUGUACAUGUUGUGCGAAAAGUGCCUUUAAAUAAAUUAAACAAACAAAUCA